UACAAGAGGAGGUGGGAGGAGGAAUACUCUGCCAGACUGGAGCUGCAGGAGAAGGUGGAGGAACUGGAGGAGGACCUUCAGGACAGUGCAGUGUGUCAGGAUGAGCUGUGUCUUCGGGUGCAGCAGCUGAAGGCAGAGCUGGUUCUGUUCAAAGGCCUCCUCAGUAACAACCUGUCGGAGCUGGACUCCCAGAUCCAGGAGAAGGCCAUGAAGGUGGACAUGGACAUCUGCCGUCGCAUCGACAUCACAGCGCGGCUCUGUGACGUGGCUCAGCAGAGGAACUGUGAAGACACCACCCACAUGUUCCAGGUGGCCACGCCCCCCUCCACCCUGAGCCGCCGCUCCAGGAAGCACAGUGGCCAAUCGGCAAAGGGCGGAGACACGGACGAGCUGAGCAGCCUGUCGGAGAGCGAGGGAGGCGGGGCCAAGGACGAGGAGGCGGGCAGCACGGCGGCCAAUCAGAUCAACGAGCAGAUGCAGAGGAUGCUGAACCAGCUGAGGGAGUCGGAGUUCGAGGACGACUGCGACAGUUUGGCCUGGGAGGAAACGGAGGAAACGCUGCUGCUGUGGGAGGAUUUCCCAGGAUGCACUCUGGCAAUGGAGACGCAGGGGGAGCUUCAACAGGACGAGUCCAUCGAGAAGGUGAUCAACGACACCGAGUCUCUGUUCAAGUCCAGAGAGAAGGAGUACCAGGACACCAUCGACCAGAUCGAGUUGGAACUCGCCAACGCCAAGAGCGACAUGAACCGACACCUGCAUGAGUACAUGGAGAUGUGUUCGAUGAAGAGAGGCCUGGACGUGCAGAUGGAGACGUGUAGGAGGCUGAUCACACAGACUGGAGACAGGAAGUCGACGUCGCUCAUCACGCUGACGGUCGACGACAGCGACGGCGACAACAGAGACAGAGAAAGGAAGAAGCCGGCGCUGCCUCCAGACUCCGAUGGUGGUGACUUGUACUGCGACGCCAACGCCUCCAUCCCCCCCCUGACCUGGAGGAAACCAUGACCCCGCCCCCAGCCCCCCCAACCUGGAGGAAACCAUGACCCCGCCCCCAGCCCCCCCUGACCUGGAG